ACCACCCACUUCGCCACCCUCUCUAGCGCUUGCGUACUACACCCCUUUCGUCCCUUCGUCCUUUACUUCCAGUUAUGUAAGCACAAGCUUCGCUUUGUCAAACCAGGCUCUUCUCCGAGCGGAAGUGCAAUAACGGAAGCGGAAGUGAGCACGCCGGAGACUGCGGGUCUGAAAUCAGGUUGACGCAUCUACAGACACUGACUGCUGUGCUCCUCUGGGUAGGCAAGGCUCCGGGAUCGGCCCACGGCCUCUGCAGUCCCACCUCCCUAUCCGGCGCUCCUUCCAGCCUUAAAUCCGCUAUCCCCGCCGUGACCACGCCCCUCCGCGCCCUACGUCCUGGCCUCUCUGCAUCCUGGCUGCUCUGCGUCCUGGCUGUUUCCCCGGGGUAGAGGGGAGAGGCAGCCAUCCUCCUGCUGAAGCGGGGUAGAGGCCUUUACUGAGCCCAGCUGAGGACCAGCGAGAUUCAUAAAAUCCAAUUAUGGGUGUAAGAGGUUUGCAGGGGUUUGUGGGAAGUACCUGCCCACAUAUAUGUACAACAGUCAAUCUCCACGAGCUGGCAGAGAGUCACCGAGCCAAGUACCCUGGAAGUACGCCCACCAUUGUGGUGGACGCCAUGUGCUGUCUCCGAUACUGGUACACAGCAGAGUCCUGGGUGUGCGGCGGCCAGUGGAGAGAAUACUAUUCGGCUUUGAGAGACUUCCUCGCGGCCUUCACAUCUGCUGGCAUCAAGCUGAUCUUUUUCUUUGACGGCACGGUGGAGCCGGGCAAGCGAGACGAGUGGGUAAAGCGAAGACUUAAAAACAACAGGGAGAUAUCCAGGAUCUUCCACUAUAUCAAGUCAAAAAGAGAGCAGCCAGGCAGGAACAUGUUCUUCAUCCCCUCCGGUCUGGCCAUAUUCACGCGGUUCGCCCUGAAGUCGUUGGGCCAGGAGACUUUCUGCUCAUUGCAGGAGGCAGACUACGAGGUGGCUUCUUAUGGCCUGCAGCACAACUGCCUUGGGAUCCUUGGGGAAGACACUGACUACUUAAUUUAUGACACUUGCCCCUACUUGUCAAUUGGUGACCUCUGUCUGGAGAGUCUCCAAACCAUCCUGCUGUGUCGAGAGAAGCUCUGUGAGAGCCUGGGCCUCCGUGUGUCAGACCUCCCUCUGCUGGCCUGUCUACUUGGCAAUGACAUCACUCCAGAGGGCAUGUUCGAAAGCUUUCGGUACAAGUGCUUGUCAUCCUAUGCUUCUGUGAAAGAGAAUGCAGGCAAAAAAGGAAAUAUUAUCCUAGCCGUCUCCGACUAUAUCUCCAAAGUUCUUCAUUUGUAUCAAGGUGAGAAGAAGAUCGAAGAGAUGCUACCCUUGGGGCCAAACAAAGCUCUCUUUUAUAAAGGAGUAACAUCGUACCUUUUGCCAGGGCAGAAAUCUCCAUGGUUAGUUCAAAAACCCAAAAGCAUAAUAACAGACAAGCAAAUGGCGAGUUUAAACCCCGGAUCCAAGCAAGAAGUCCCCAUGUGCAUAGAUCCUGAAUUCAAGCAAGAAGUUCCUGUGUGCACUAAUCCCGAGUCCAUGCAAGAAGUUCCCAUGUGUAUGGACCCUGAACCCAACCAGGAAGCUUCCGUGUGCAUGGAUCGCGAAUCCAAGCCAGAGGUUCCCAUGUGCACUGAUCCUGAAUCCAAGCCAGAGGUUCCCCUGUAUACAAACCCAGAGAGCAAGCAAAAGUCACCUUCAGAAAUAGACCCCAAGUGCAAUCUAGAAGCACUCACGUGUACAUACCCUGAAGUUAAACAAGAAGAUGCCAUGGAUAUGGAACCGGAAAUAAAGCAAGCAACCAUGGUUUCAGAGUCUGAAAUCUUAAAGGUUGCCAGGAUGCAUCAUGUCCACUCAGAAAGCUACCUAGUGUACAACAUUUUGAGCAGUGGAGAGAUAGAGUGUAGUAACACCCUGGAGGACGAGCUGGACCAAGCCCUCCCAAGCCAAGCCUUCAUCUACCGCCCAGUCCGGCAGCGGGUCUACUCACUCUUACUGGAGGACUGGAAAGACGGAGCCAGCACUGGUCCAGUGGUCAAGGAGUGGUUUGUGUACCCUGGUAACUCCCUGAAGCACCCAGACCUAGUCAGGCCUCUGCAGAUGACCGUUCAAGGGGGAACGCCUAGCUUGGAAGUUUUGUGGCUGAGCCAAGAGCCAGCAGCCCAGGCCCGGCGCCUGGACACAUUGCUAGCCUGCUUCAACCUUUCCUCCUCAAGAGAAGAGCUGCAAUCCGUGGAGAGCCCGUUGAGGGCGCUGUGCUGCCUCUUGAUCUACCUGUUUGUCCAGGUGGACACUCUUUCCCUGGAAGAUCUGCAUGCAUUUAUCGCUCAGGCCUUGUGCCUCCAAGGAAAAUCAACCUCCCAGCUUAUGCACUUACAGCUGGAUUACAUCAACUCCAGAGCUGUGCAGCUGGGGUCCCUCCUUGUCCGUGGCCUCACCACAUUGGUACUAGUCAACAGUGCAUGUGGCUUCCCUUGGACAACCAGCGACUUUAUGCCCUGGAAUGUAUUUGACGGCAAGCUUUUCCAUCAGAAGUACCUGCAGUCUGAAAAAGGAUAUGGCGUGGAGACUCUUUUGGAACAAAAUAGAUCGUGGCUCACCACGUUCCACAACCUGAAGGCAGUGGUCUGCAAGGCCUGCUCCAAGGAGAACCGACGAAUUGUAGGCAGGAUACAUUGGAACUCUCAUUACACAGGGAGGCAGGGGAGACAGGGCCACGGCUCCUACAGAUCAGGCUCCACACAUGGCCAUUCUGGGCAGUCAUGGAGAGACCAGGGUUCAGGAGGCAGACAGCAUGAGCAUGACCACUGGAGAAGAUACUAGGUGCUGUACAGGUAAAGUCCUCCCCAGCCCCUCAGUGAACCAGCAGAUGCUCUGUCUUCAUAGCUGAGGGCCAAAUAGUUAAUGUGUCUCGUGGGCCAGCUUCCCAACCGGGAUCCACCGACUUGUUUCAAGCUGUGUCUGCUUCUUCCAGAAGAGUGUGGGAAAAGGUUCAACGCCGGGACUCCGCCCUCCUUCAAGGAGUGUUUAGAGUGGCAUCACCCAGUCUCAUCAGAGGGACAGUAACUGGGACCACACUUUAAAGGAAGGAAAGAUUGCUUUUCAGUGGAUUCUCCUGCACAUACUGUAAAAAGAUCCCAUCGGUUUGUUUCAGACGUUGCUCCUGACUCCCAUGACCCAGAACACGAGACACUAACGUCAAGAAUGCUCUUCUGACCUUAGCAGGAGUCUAAUUCCAAACAUUUGCUGACUAUUAAAUUGUGAAAAUGUUUCCUCAAAUCAUUGGUCUUUGAAAUCAUGAUGUCUUCUUAUUUUUCUGUUAUUGUGAAAAGGAACCAUGACCAAAGCGACUUACAAAAGAAAGCAUUUAAUUUAGGUCUUAGGGUUCCAGAGGGUGGUAGAGCCUAUGGCCAUCGUGUUGGGGCUAGCCAACUGAGAAUGGCUCAGGGUUUUGAAACUUUAAAGCCCACCCCCCCCCCCAGCAACACACCUCCAUCAGCAAAGCCACGCCCCCUCCAGUAAGGCCACGCCUCCUAACCCUUUCCACCAACCAGAGACCAAGCUUUCAGACAUACUAGCUUAUGGGGCUAUUCUCAUUCAGACCACCAUACAUAAUAUCUAAUAGCUAUAUGAUCAGUCAGAAAUUACUUUUUCAUUAGAAAAAUCUAGCAGAAAUAAGCAUUCAUCUGUUUUUUCUUUUUUUUUUUUUUUUUUUUUUUGGUUCUUUUUUUUUUCGGAGCUGGGGACCGAACCCAGGGCCUUGGGCUUCCUAGGCAAGCGCUCUACUACUGAGCUAAAUCCCCAACCCCCUGUUUUUUUUCUUGAUCCACAAAGUAUUUGGAUAGGAAAAAAAAAACCUAAAUUCUUGCUUUCUUGUGGGAGAGUUGGUUCUGAUUAGAGGAAUGAUGGCUCAGUGGUUAAGAACAGUGGCAGCUCUUCCAGAGACCCAAGGUCUGAUCCCCAUCACCCACACGGUGGCUCACAACUGUAACUCCAGUUCCAGGGCAAUCGAAAGCCUCUUCUGGUCUCUGUGAGCACUAAGCACACAGUGAUGCCCAGACAUGCAUACAGGAAAAACACCCCUAAAGAUGAAAUACAUGUUAAAAAAAAAAGAUUUUUAAAGAAGCAGAGUGGGUUACAGUAAGAUCUUCUUUAAACUCUGAGGUUCUUAUCCAUCUCCACUGGGGAAACAAGAGUAGCUGAGCCUGUCCAGGGCCCUUACAGCCCUGCUCUAUCUCUAGGGACACGCAGUUCCCUGAGGAGAUGCAAGCUCACUGGAAGAUGUGUCCUUUUCGUGCUCCGGUCUUUAAGAUUUUGAUAAGCUUCUAAAAUGUUCCUUGUCGUCUUUACAGUUUUGCAGACCACUGGCUCAGCCAUGCUGUAGGAGCUCUUGGGUUUCUCCUUGAGAUUCUUGUGUUUACCAGAAGGGUACAGCCCCAUCUCCCGCAUUUGAGCAUGCUUGUGUUUGUUCAGCCCCUUUCUGCUCCCGGAGGACUGAGCAUAGUGUGUCCGGAGAGCUUGUACUGCUAUGUCUGCUGCCUAGACUAGGAACUGGCUUUUCUGGUCCUUCCCUUGAACACCGUCUUCUUCCUGUCUGCUACUCUCUGACAUCGCUGCCUUUAGGAGUUCUGUUUCCUUGCUGUUUACCUGUGUGACUGUGAAUUAAGAUUCUGAUCUCUUAGACUGAAAGUAUAUUUCCGUGAAAGUUGUUUUCCGUCACAGAAGCUGCAUCCUGACUUGUCAAUAAAGUGUGUAUGUCAGUCACAUUUAAAUAAGUUUAAAUAAGCCACUGUGUUGAUGGAAUAUUAAUCACAUUUAGAACUUUUCCGGGGACAGCAUUGUUUUCCAGUCAAGUCUUGUGAUAGAAUUUCCACAUAUCAAUUUAAAAUAAAAAUACAUUUUUAAACUCA